CGAUCGAGUCGGUACUCAAAACGGACAACGCCCUCAUCGCUUGGCCUCAAUUCAUUCUUUUUCUCCAACCACCAUCAUCUAGCUAUGGCAGUUCGCGUUAAGCGUCCUCCUGCCGUCCCCUCACCUUACUCCAAACCCACUGCCCAGGACCAGCUAAUGGCCCUAUUCUACUCGAAAACCGAGUCACUACUCUCGACAGCGUCGAGAAACUCCAAGUGCCGCCUGUGCGACGAGUUCGUCUCAGGCCCCAUCUCCCACAUUCGCCAGAUGCACCUACUCGGUGUACACGCUACCUUUGACUGCCCCAUAUGUUUUAAGGCAGUCUCCUUGAACCUCUGCAUAGACCACUUCAGGGUCAAGCACGCAGAUGCUCUCCUCUCCCCUGUAAAGUGUGGAGAAAUCGUCGCCAAAGCACUCCUAGCUACUGGCGAUACCCCUGCACAGACGCAAGUCCCUAACCCUGAACCAGUUGACGUUCAGCCAUCCAGCCCGGCGCCCGAAACGCCUCUUCCGACGCCCACUCGCUGCCUCAGCUGGUCUGAGGAAAUGGACGAAACCACACCCCACGUCGACAUCCUCACUGACGACCCACGCACGGUAACGGGCCAUCAGGAAAGGCAUGAGGCAGUACAGGCUGCUGUCACACCUAUCCCACACCCCCACCGCAAGGCCGCUAUAAGCGGCCUUCUUGCGGUUCGCGAAUAUGCGAACGGCCUGGCUGAUGCUAUCCUCGAGGCCGAGGAUCACUUCACGCCUCCCAUUUCGGACGAAACCUCAACGGAUGAAAUGUGCCGAAUCUUCUUCAAUUUCGGCACACUAACGGGCAAAGUUGCUAACCUUGCCGAACUCCUGGCCAACAUCUUGCAACACGACCCGAAGAAGACGGUUGCUGAUGCCCUUCACAAAGCAUGGGACAAUGGUUUCUACACUAACUGCCCUGAACACGCAGCUGCAACGUCCUCCCAGGUACAACUUGCCAUGAUGACCAGCACUGCGUCAGGCCUGCCGACAAUUAGCCCCCCAGUUGGGCAAACACACAGAAUCCCAACCGACGGAUCUCUAGCUGAUAUCAUCACUGCUGUAAACAAGCUGGCCAAAUCUGUCGAAGCCCUCCAGAAGGGAGAGUCAACGCCUUGUCCACCCAUGUUACAACAACAGCAAACAGCUGUCACCACAGAGACACCACAAGGCAACCAAAGGACCUUUGCCCAGACUGCUACUGCUGAAGCCCCUUCUAAGAAGACUGUUGUACUUCCAACUCGGCCCUACAAGGCCCUUCUGGCAAAGACGACAAAAAAGGCCCCCCCAGCACCACAACAUACCUUCUGUGACAGGAAGAUCCUCCUUUGUACAGAGACUGUAGUGAACCCCAUUCUGGUUCCCCCAAAGAUUGUCAAAGAUCUACACCAGUUCUUGUGGACACAUUGCAAAGCCAACCUCUCUGGAGGCCAUUUCUCACUCGACAGCAAAACACUCAGCCUGGAUUUCCCUGCAACGACUGCUGUAAACACACAGGAAAUCACCUGUUCUGUAUCUGAUGUAUACAAAACUACAUUCACAGUCCAACCCCUCUGCACUGAGGUGUUCAACCUCUUCAUUCCAAACGUCUGUGUCUGCAACUACGAGACACAGCAAAUAUACACACCUGCACAGUUAUGGGACAAAGUUCAACAGAACUACCAAUUCGAGCCAACUGUUCUAGCUUACCCAACUCGUUUUGCUGCCCUAGCAGAUAAACUUGCAGAACAAGAAUUCUGCAGAGUACAAGUACUGUUGCUUAUGUCUCGAACUGACAGAAUAAAACAAUUCAUAGACACCUGUGUCAAUGCCUACAUAUGGAUGUUUGGUAAGAAACACUGUCUGGAAGAAGGGCAAUCCUACUUCAGCUACAACAUUAAUACAUGCUACAGACAACUACAGUACCCAUACUGCAACAGCACCUACACUGCCUCUGCACACAAACACACUAACCAACCACAAUGGGCCAGAGCAUCCAUCCUCUGUAAUUGCAAAAGCAUACUCACAAUACAACAGAUUGCUAACAUUCUACAGGUGACGAUUUCACAAGAAGCAGUGGAACACUGUAUUACACAACAGGUACAGGCCUCAUGCUUUGUAGCAGCAACACUGGAACCUGCCCACAGUUUCAUACAGGAUCAGGACAAACUGAUGGACAACCAGAAUAGUGACAGAGAGUUGGAACUAUCAUACAUCACCCAACAAGAAGAAAUGCUUGAGAGUGUUGAAUACAAGACUGGCCCCACCAAUAAACAUACUAAGACCAACCACUAAAUGAACAGUUUUUUCUAUAACAUUAACCUGCCUCCUACAUCCCCUUUCUCCCCUAUUAUUUCUUUCAACUGUAAUCACAGUUCUUCCACAUUAUAUAUGCUCAUUCAUAUUCUUGAACUUCACAGUGUCCAGCCAGUAAUCAUAGCCUUACAAGACCCUCUGAUUGUGAAAACGUCUGUUAAGACCAGAGCUGGGCUAAAAUCAUAUCCUAUUGUUCCAGUAGUACUGAACUACUACUACUUACUACUAUAAUGCAAGAAACCAGAUGUCACAUUCCUCAUUUGCAACCAUGUUGUUGUAAAUAUUGUUAGUUGACUCUCUUACAGUAACAAUAUCUUCACAAUCCACUACAACACCCAGACAAUCCUCAAUGUGUACUUAUGUGGAAGAGCAAAACAACUCAUGACCAAGGAUGAAACAUUCAUACAUCACCUCAACCUGCCAGACAACUUUUUGAUGAUAGGCAAUAUUAAUAGACAACAUCCAAUCUUUAACAACACUCCCUACACAGACAUAUUUGCCACAUAUACAGUGUCAUGGUUUGAAUGGCUGGUUGAGCACAGUCUCCUCAUCCCAUCAUCCUCCCUACUGUUCACAUACAAACUCAGAGAGUCAAUGUCUUCCCCCAACAUAGUAUUCACAAACCACCCAGCAGUGUCCUACAAUAUCUUUGUGUCCAGACAUUACAACCACUCAGUAAUUGCAAUCAGCACACAUAACCCACCACAGAGGUGUCUUCCCCUAGUAAUAAAGGAACAACAUACAGGGGUGUGGAUUGAGAAGUUUGCCCAAAUUCUCCCUCCUUUUAUACUUGAUCACCCAUUAAACACAAAACUGGACUUAGACAGGUUUUUUGAGAACAUCUUCACACUAGCAGCCAACACGUUCUUCUUAGACAGUUCAAGACUAUGUACCCAGUUUGAAUGGUAGGACAACAACCUUACAGAACAGCUCAUAGGUUUAUCUGACAAGUCAUCAGCCACAAUAACACAAGUCAUCUUGAACCACAAACAAGACUACUACUUGACAAAGGCUGAUCAGUCUAACCAUAGUACUCUCUGGACAGCUGCCUAGCAGUACAAAUGUAAGGACCUGUGUCCUAUAGUAUAAAUCAACAACAAAGAUACCUUUCUCAGAAUGGAUGAGGAGUUCACACAGGCCUACUUUCCAGACAGGGCCUCAACAGUCUUUGCCCCUCUACAAUACAAUCCCAAAGUAGAAGGCCUCAACAAUUACUUCACAUUCCCAGAAUUCAUAGAGUCUCUACACCAAAUUGAUAAGUCUGUUUUGCCUGGCAUAUCCAGACUCACUCAUACACUCACAGAAGCACUGUGUUAUACAUUUGAUCAUAUGUUUGCUAACAUACUAUAACAGAUACAAGAUCUGGAAUAUAUUCCUACUCUACUCAGGUGUACACAAGUGUCAAUCAUAUUGAAAAUGAAGGACUGAGCACUUGACUUGCCUCAAGUGUAUUGGCCUAUUUCAGUUGAAGAAACCUUCACAAAGGCAAUUGCUAAGAUAUACACUGAAAAGUGUACAACAAUAAUGGAGACCCACCUGGCAUUCCCAAAGGAGAUAUACAGUAGAAGGAAGCAUCUCUCUACAGUGGAUGCAAUAUACAAUCUACACACCUUUGUCAGGAAGAACAUCAAAAACACAUGAGAACAGUCUCAUACAUGCCCUCUCACACUUUUUGUUGAUAUCCAGGGAUUUUUUGACAAUAUCCCUCUAGAUCAACUACAAGAAAACUUACACUCUCUCAAUGCUUCUCCUCAAUUAAUAAACAUGGUCCAAGCUCUUGUAGUCAAUAGAGAGUAUCUACUCUACUUCAACCACUAAUCAGGACCCCUGAGACACUGCCUGAAUGUUGGAAUACCCUAGGGCUCCCUUAUUUCCCCUGUCCUGGCAACAAUUGCUAUGUACCACAUUAUCAACACAAUCAAAACUCAAUUCCCUAGCAUCUUCAUCCAGACCUACCUUAAUGACUGAGCAUUCAUCUUUUACAGUGUGAGCAGGAAAUCACUGAUGUCACAAGUCAAUGUUUUUCUCUGUUUCCUCAAAAACUGUCUUCACAACAUCAGACUCUAACUCAACCUACAGAUUAAUGCAAUCCAGUUCCAUUCUAAUACAGCAUGGACUCUCCCUGUUCAGGACCAGAUUGUUCACAUCAAAACCAAAGCUACAUGGCUUGGCUACAGUCUAUGAUCCAACCUUUUGCCUACUGACCAGAUUGCCAAGGUUGUACAAAAGGCCUUGAAACUAACUACAAUAACAAGCCACAUCAUACAACAAACAUACAGUAUGCACCCCUACCAGGCACACCUUGUGUACUUCAACAUUGUUUGGAGCACUAUAAUGUAUACAGCCAAGACCUGGCUGAAUCCUCUUGAACACCAACUCAGCCCACUUGUCAAGAUCCAAAACAUGUUCCUGAGGAUUAUCAGCACCUUCCCAAAACCAACUCUUGUUGCAGACAUGGAGAAAACCCUCUUGGUACUCCCCCUUCCCCUGUUCAUUAGGCAAUUAUCUUACUGCUUCCAUGCAAGAUGACAAGCAUACCCACAUAUGCUAGCCCCUAUUCUCUAUGCAUCUCAUUCAGAAACCCCAAUGAUGAAUGUCUCAAGCUAUUGAAGACCAAUUAUUGUGUCAAAACAAUGCUCCAACUGUGAACAAUUCCUUACCCCUACAAACUUCAACAAACAUAAUUGUGUGAGGACAGAAUCCCCCCUAUGCAAGUGCACACAUUGCCACUUCUUGUUCAGGGACCUACAGAAGCACAAAUGUCCUGCCAUACAGGGCCAAACUGUAUGCUGGGUACUACUAAGCAAAAUCCCAAAUCAGGCAAUUCAUCAUCUCAAUUCAACAAAUCAGAUGAUAAUUGCUGUAAAGGUGCAUGUUCCCAUGUCUCCCUCACUCAUCAAAGAUAAUCUAAAACCUGUCAAAAUGGCCUGAGUACUCUACUUGCCAGACACUGUGCAGAUCCAAUAUGACUCAGAAUUGCAGACAGCCACAGUCAAAACUCAUACACAGUGUUUCACAGUACAACACCUGGAGAACAUCUGUCACACACAGGCUGUCCUCUAUACAAUGAGUAGGGUCAUGAAUGACCUCCUGCCCCAUUCCACAAUUGCUACAAACUGGAAGUUAGCCCUCAAACAUCUCUUAACUUUAAACGAGUCUACUGAACUGAUGCAAGAUGUGUUGUCCCUCACAAGCAAGCAACAAAUCACACUGAUAUGGACAUGUCAGGCAAUCAUGCCCAGAUUCAAGGCAACUAACACUGUGAACAGUAAUCAAUCAUCCUUACAUGGCGUCUACAGUCAUGCCUUAACAGACUCAGAUCAGCUAUGGGCAGAACAGUCCCAUGGGGCAACCUGCAAGCCACAAUUCCCUCUCCAGUCUGUGCUCCCCCAACAGGCACAGGUUCUACACCUUUGCUUACAAACUAGAACGUGCAACACACGUUCCUUUUCAUAUUGAUGGAACGUGACCCACUCUAAGGAAUGUCUGCUCUGCUACAGCAAGGACACGCCUCUUCACCAGAUAACUAGAUGCCUGGGAAUCCUCUUUGAUGACUGUGUACAACGUUUUUGCAAUCGGACCAAGGACCAUCCACAAAGGCUAGAUUGUUGGCUAGACACUAAGUUCUUUUCUUCUAAUUAUAAAGACAUUCUACAUUAUAUGUAUGCUCACUAUCCUGUAGAUCAUGGAUAAGGCUGCUGUUCUGCCUCUCAGUCUAUUUCAUCUCUGUUUUUGCAGUAGAUAGCUUCACUAUAGGCAUGGUUUCUGUGGAUCGGUUUUCUCCUGCUUGCUGCAGGUUUUCCACCACAGUUUUAGUCCAGCCUACCAUUUGAGAGGUCCUUCUAUCAAUCACUUCUCUCUCACUGCAUUUUGUCACUCCUCCCUGUAAAGACCUUCUUUUUUUACAUACUUCGAGCCUGCAGAUUCGCAUGUUGAAAUUGUUUAAUGUAUUUUGAUAAUGGUAAAUUCAUUC